GAGAAGAGAAGAGAAGAGAAGUGUGUAUAACAUAGGGGUGAGCGCAGAGGAUUGCACCACAGACCAAGUGUAACCGACUCAGCUGCUGUGGAUGAAAUUCACGGCGAUCGACAACGACGACGACUCGCUCUUUUUCUUCUUCUGCAAUGGACUCUGUUCCUUUCCACGAUGGCAACAUCCACCAUAUUCUCGAAACCCGAUACCUUCACUCUCGCCAAGAUGUUAAUCAUAGCUUGCAGACACACUCCUCGUUGAUUCGCAGGCUUACUCAGGAGAGAGAGUUAGAGGGCCACCUUGGCUGUGUCAAUGCUGUGGCUUGGAAUUCCAGAGGCUCAUUAUUGAUAUCUGGAUCAGAUGAUACACGGAUAAAUAUUUGGAACUAUGCUGAUCGGAAACUUCUACAUUCGAUUGACACUGGUCAUACUGCAAAUAUUUUCUGUACAAAGUUUAUACCAGAAACUUCUGAUGAGAUUGUAGUCUCUGGAGCUGGAGAUGCUGAAGUCCGAUUAUUUAAUUUGUCUCACUUAAAUGGAUCUGCUGAAAAUGCCAUUGCUCCAUCAGCACUUUACCAAUGCCACACAAGGAGAGUCAAGAAGUUGGCUGUUGAAAAUGGAAACCCUAACGUGGUAUGGAGUGCUAGUGAAGAUGGGACCUUGAGGCAGCAUGAUUUUCGAGAGGGAACAUCUUGUCCGCCAGCAGGAUCUUCGCACCAAGAGUGUAGAAGUGUUCUACUCGACUUACGGAGUGGAGCCAAAAGGUCACUUGCUGAUCCUCCUAAACAAGUUCUAGCCCUAAAAUCUUGUGAUAUCAGCUCAACUAGACCACAUCUGCUCCUUGUUGGUGGGAGUGAUGCUUUUGCUCGCUUGUAUGAUCGGAGGAUGCUACCACCUUUGAGCUCCUGUCGGAAAAGAAUGUCACCACCACCUUGUGUCAAUUAUUUCUGUCCAAUGCAUCUUUCCGAUCGUGGACAUCCAAGCUUGCACUUAACUCAUGUUACAUUUGGUCCUGAUGGAGAUGAGGUUCUCCUUAGCUAUAGUGGAGAGCAUGUUUACUUGAUGAAUGUUAAUCAUGCUGGAUUGAAUGACAUGCAAUAUACUUCAGGAGAUGUAUCAAAACUAAUGACAUAUUCUCCAACAAUUAAUGGAAUGGAAUUGCAACCUUCUGUAUCUAGUGUUUUCCCAAAUGGAUUUUCAAUAAAAAAGAAUGUUGCUGCAAAGAUUGACUACUGCAGGAAACUAAUAAAAUACGCUGAAAAGACCUUGAAUGAUGGUCCUUAUUAUGGAAUUGAGGCAUGUAAUGAAGUUUUGAAUUGCUACAGUCUUACUAUUGGGCCUGCACUAAAAUAUGAAUGCCUGUGUAUUCGAGCUGCACUAUUGCUUAAGAGGAAGUGGAAAAAUGAUGCUCACAUGGCCAUAAGGGACUGCUGUGCUGCUAGGAAAAUUGAUAACUACGACUACAAAGCACUUUACUAUAUGUCAGAUGCAUUGUCACAGUUAGGAAGGCACAAAGAAGCAUUGGAUUUUGCUGUUGCUGCUCAGCUGUUGGCCCCAUCCAUACCGGAAGUUGCAGAAAGAGUAGAGAAAGCUAAGAAGGACAUUUCUUCAGCCGAGGCAGAGAAAAAUAACAAGACAAAUGAUGGAGGAUCAAGAUUCGAUAGUCGAGGUGGGAGAAUUUUGUCAUUAAGUGACAUACUCUAUCGUUCGGAGGCUAACAGUGAUGCUUCCCAAGAUGGUCCAAGAUCAGAGAGGGAUGACUCUGAUUAUGAUGAGGAGUUGGAGUUGGACUUUGAAACAUCAAUGUCUGGUGAUGAGGGACAUGAUGUUGAGUCCAAUAUUCUUCAUGGGAGUUUAAACCUUAGAAUUCACCGAAGGGGUGACUCCAGAGAAAGCACUGGUGCGAAUGGCACUGUUGAAUCACCUUCGUCCUCAUCACAUAAUGACAAAGCUUAUCAGUCUGAAGCAGCUAUUGACAUGAAUCAAAGAUUUAUUGGCCAUUGCAAUGUUGGAACUGAUAUAAAACAGGCCAGUUUUCUUGGUCAAAGAGGUGAGUUUGUUGCUAGUGGAAGUGAUGAUGGCAGAUGGUUUAUCUGGGAAAAGCGAACUGGUAGACUCAUAAAAAUGCUGAACGGUGAUGAAUCUGUUGUAAAUUGUGUACAAUGCCAUCCAUUUGAUUUUGUUGUGGCAACAAGUGGAAUUGAUAGCACAAUAAAGUUAUGGACUCCAAGUGCCCCUGUUCCAUCUGCCGUAGCUGGUGGUGCAGCGGGACCAGAGACUGCUAAUGUAUUGGUUGCUAUGGAGAGCAAUCAACAAAAGUUAUCCCGUGGUCGUGAUUCCAUUCUGCCCUUUGAGCUUUUGGAGCCAUUUAGAAUGCAUGAGUUUCCCGAAGGAUCCCUGCGCCUGCGUCCUUUUGAAUGUGCCCAGAGCUAAACAUACACUAAUCCUCACAUGCUGGUACCGUAUCCUGAAGUUGCAUGAGUCUGGAUUAAUCAGUGAUGUGUGGAAAACUGGAAAUUAACAAUAAUGGGAAGCUAUUAUCCGUGUGGUAGUAGAAUUGACCAAGGAACGCUUUUCAAUGACAAGCGAAAUAAGUUGCAACAUUUACCUCCUUGGUUUAUUUCCCAAGACUUCGUGAUUUUUGAGAAUUUUUUUGUACAAAUUUAGUGGUCGUCUCACGGAGAGAAAUGUUAGGUGACUGAUAUUUCUUUCUUGCAUUUGCUUUGCAUUUGAGCCAACAUUAGUCAAACUUUUCAUUUUCUUCCAUUAAAAGUGUUGGCUCUUUACUUCUUUA